UUGAUUGCAAAACAAGAAAUAAUUGAAAAAAAAAAUCGAAAAUGUUGAAUUCACUUGUUUUCUGCAUUAUUUUUUUGGUGGCUGUAAAUGGACAAAAUUACGAUGAACAAUAUCGUCUUCAAGUACAUUAUUCUGUCAAAUCGGCCUGGUCAAACGAUCCGAAUGGUUUGAUUUACGCUGGUGGAUAUUAUCAUCUAUUUUAUCAAUUUUAUCCAAAUGACAUUGUAUGGGGUCCUAUGCACUGGGGUCAUGCUCGAUCAAAAGAUUUAAUUCAUUGGGAGAAUAUGCCAAUAGCAUUGGAACCCUACGACAAAUGGAUGAUAUUUAGUGGAUGUUGCGUUAUUGAUAAAAGUAAUGUUGCUGGAUUUUUAUCAGAUAGAAGCAACAACACUGAUCAAACAGAAGAUACACUGAUUGCAAUAUUCACACUAAAAGAAUUAAACGGAACCGAACAAUCAGAAGGAAUGGCCUAUUCAUUCGACGCAGGAACAACAUGGACACAAUAUGUUAACAAUCCAAUCAUUCGAAUUCCUGGAAUUGUUGAUUUUCGUGAUCCGAUGGUUUUUCAACGUAAUGGCCAGUUUUACAUGACCUUAGAUCUAGGUGAUCGAAUCCGUUUUUACUCUAGUACCGAUCUCAAAACAUGGAAAGACGAAUUUGAUUUUGGUGUGAACCCGGACGAGGGCGAUAAAUCUGGUGUAUGGGAAUGUCCAUCAAUGGUAACAUUGAAAGAUGAACAAGGAAACGAACAUGAUGUAUUGAUUGUUUCUGUACUUGCACCUGAAGGAUGUUUUGCUCAAUAUUUCGUAGGAAAGUUUACUGAAAGUCAUUUCAAUAGCUACAAUCAAUCAAAAGUGGCGUUACUUGACAAUGGUUUUGAUAACUAUGCAAGUGUUCCUUAUAUUAAUGAUCCACUCGGCCGAAUUAUACUAAUUGGCUGGAUGUCAAAUUGGUUGUAUUCAGACAAGAUACCAACAUCAACGUGGCGUGGACAGUAUACGAUUCCACGUGAAUUAACGCUUAAGACAAUUCAUGGACAAAUUUAUCUUGUUCAACAGCCGAUUCGCGAGCUCAAUAAUUUAAUUGAUCCAUUAAGAACUUGGUCAUUGUCAAAACCAAUGAAAGUAAGUGGCUUCAAAACUAUUGAUUUAACCGAAGAAAUUCCAUUUGUAUUAGCAUCAGCGUAUAUACUAGAUUUUGAAUACGACAUUGGAAAUGUCACGCAGGGAAAUUUGAGUAUAAGAUUCAGCAAUAGUUUUGAUGAAUUCAUAGCGUUCCGUUACGAUUUUAGUGACAAUUCAAUUGAAUUCGACCGUACAAACUCUGGAAAUUUUUCAUUUAGUUCAAAAUUGGUCAAAAAGGAACCACGAAUUAGCAACAGCAAUAUAUUUAGUGGAAAGGUGAUUUUGGAUACAUCGUCUGUUGAAAAAUUUGUGGACGGCGGUUUAAAUGUAUUUACUAAUCUAGUUUUUCCGGCUGAGCCAUACAAUAAAAUUCAAUUAUUCACCGCAUUCGAGAAUGCCGAGGAAUCAGUUACCGUUUCAAAGUUAAACGUUACGUGUUUAAACAGUAUUUGGAAAUAAAAUCAACUGAAUUGUUUUCUUACGUCAAAAUAUGGAACUGAUUAAAAGCUUUACUAAAUGCGGACUUUUAAUCCUAUCAG